AACUAGUUAGAACGAGACAGCAUCCAACGAGUCGUUGUUGUACUUUCUAGGGAAUUAACUAAAAAAAUCUUAGCCAAGUGAAACUCGAUGGCCAUUUUCCGCUAACCUAUAUAAUAAACGAGCAUUGCAAGGGCUCAGAUGUGCAUGUGCGCGUUUUUGUUUUAUAUUAAAGUAAUUGCUUGAUAAAACAACGGAGAAUCUCAUUGCUACGCGAAAAAAACAACAUAAUAAUCAUUUAACAUAUAAAACAAAACACUACCGAUACAGCGAAGUAAAAAAUCAAUAAUUAGAGCUCGUUCAAAAGCCAGAAAGGUAUGCAGUAGCAAACAAGAACAAAAUAAUCGGAACACAAAACACAGGAGUACCUAUCUGUGUGUCUGUACACCCAUCCUUUAUUAAAUAUUGAUUUGGUGUUUCUACAUUAUUGUGUUAAUGACCUGACCUGACCUGACCUGACUAUUGGUGCAUACAUCGUCAUAUUUUUAAAUUAAAAUAUACUACCCCGCGUACUCUCCUAUUCGAGUAUCGGGGUAUAUAAUCACAAUAAUAAAAAAAAUACAAGAGCACAACAACAACAACUUACACCAAAGAUACUUACAUUUCAAGUACCGUGAAAUUCGAAUACCCAAAAGUCAUGUUAAAGAGCGCAAAUAACAAUUCUCUCCAGCAUCCGGUGGCUAACUCUUCCGAAAACACGAUGAACGGCUAUAACCGAAAGGUGCCGCCAAAACGGCGCUAUGAAAUGCCAAAAUAUGCUGCACCGCCAAAAAAGAAAACAUGCAAGGAGCGGAUACCACAGCCGAAGAAUACGGUGGCAAUGCUAAAUGAGUUAAGAAAUGGACUGAUUUACAAAUUGGAGUCACAGACUGGUCCGGUGCACGCACCAUUAUUUACGAUAUCCGUCGAGGUCGAUGGUCAGAAAUACAUGGGCCAGGGACGCAGUAAAAAAGUAGCGCGUAUCGAAGCAGCAGCCACAGCACUACGAAGCUUUAUUCAGUUUAAGGACGGUGCCGUCUUAUCGCCAUUAAAGCCAUCCGGCAACUUGGACUUUACCAGCGAUGAACAUCUUGAAAAUGGUAUUGAAAAUGUUGACAAUGGUAAAUUGGUCGAUUACAUACAGAUGACAUUGAUGUUGACCGAAAAGAAACCCAUCCUUACCUCGCUUGAACAAUCCACGUUGCCUCUUCAAAUGUUUUGCAUGAGUCAGAAUCGAGAAAAAUUCAAACAUGUCAGUAAGAGCGCCAUAACCGUUGACGGACAAAAGAAGGUGCCGGAUAAAGGUCCCGUCAUGCUUCUCUAUGAGCUCUAUAAUGACGUUAAUUUUGAGUGCAUUAAUAUUGACAGUGCACAGAACAACUGUCGCUUUAAAAUGACCGUAACAAUUAACGAAAAGAAAUUCGAUGGAACGGGUCCGUCGAAAAAGUUGGCAAAGAAUGCCGCCGCUAAGGCAGCGCUCGCCUCAUUGUGUAACAUCUCGUACAGUCCGAUGGUGGUGCCGCAAAAGAACGUGCCGCUACCAAUUGAUGAUAAGUCUUCGUCCAUGGAGCUGCCGCAGAUACAUGCAGAUGCGAUUGGAAGACUGGUUUUGGAAAAGUUCAUGGAGGUUAUCAAGGGCCAGGAGGCGUACUCUCGUCGAAAGGUAUUGGCGGGGAUUGUAAUGACUGAGAACAUGAAUUUCUUUGAAGCAAAAGUAAUAUCCGUUUCAACGGGCACAAAAUGUGUCAGCGGCGAGCAUAUGAGCGUUAAUGGUGCCGUUCUAAACGAUUCUCAUGCUGAAAUAGUAUCUAGGCGUUGUCUGCUAAAGUUCUUGUACGCACAGCUGGAUCUUCAGUGCAAUCAGGCCACAGCAUAUCAGUCGAUUUUCGUGAGGAAUACUGAUGGGCAAUACCCUUAUAAACUAAAAUCCGGGGUACAUUUCCAUUUGUAUAUAAAUACAGCACCUUGUGGGGAUGCACGGAUAUUUAGUCCUCACGAAAACGACACAGGUGUUGAUAAACAUCCAAAUAGAAAAGCUCGUGGGCAAUUGCGUACGAAAAUCGAGUCUGGCGAAGGUACAAUACCCGUUAAAAGUAGCGAUGGCAUACAAACCUGGGAUGGUGUACUACAGGGUCAACGAUUGCUUACAAUGUCAUGCUCGGAUAAAAUUGCACGUUGGAACAUUGUGGGUAUACAGGGUUCCUUAUUGUCUUCCAUAAUUGAACCAGUGUACCUGCAUUCCAUUGUAUUGGGGAGUCUGCUGCACCCAGAGCAUAUGUAUCGUGCGGUGUGCGGACGAAUAGAAAAGUCUAUCCAAGGCUUGCCGCCGCCAUACCAUUUGAAUAAGCCUCGACUGGCAUUGGUCACAUCGGCUGAGCCGCGUAAUCAGGCCAAGGCUCCAAAUUUUGGCAUCAAUUGGACCAUCGGAGAUGUUGAAUUGGAAGUCGUCAACUCACUGACUGGCCGAACAAUUGGUGGUCAAGUAUCGCGCAUCACCAAACAAGCGUUUUUUGAUAAAUAUGGAUUUUUAAUGAAAAACUUACCAGGUAUUUUGAAACGCAGUGUAACCACAGACUACGGCCAAACAAAAGCCAACGUCAAGGACUAUCAGAUUGCUAAAAUAGAAUUGUUUAGCGCCUUCAAGCGGGAGGAUCUUGGAAGCUGGCUAAAGAAGCCGAUAGAACAAGACGAGUUUGUUCUGAAUGAAUGACUGCAUUCAUCGAUGCAUAUGUUAAAAAAAGACAAAAGUAACGGCAAGCAAUUAAUAGAAUUAGAUCAAAUAGCUUUAAAGACAAGUUGUAAUAAGAAUACAAGCUUGGUGCAAAAACAGCGAAACGAAUUUCAUCUUAAUGAAAAUGAAAAUGAGAUUGAGAACCUGACAACAAUGUGUCCCGAAAUAAGAAACGGCAAGCACGAAGAUGCUAAUGCUCGAAAUAUGAUAAUGGAUAACGACGGCUCUAGAAUAUUUAUAGAAUAGAAUGUAGUCUUUAUGCUGGGACUGAGUAAAGGAGUAUUAUGGCGUUUUUUUUAAAUCAAUUCCUUUUAUAAUCAACACACACACACACACUUCUUUCUCACCUAUGCAUUCUAUGCAACCCUUACUCACAUAGACCGAAAAAGCGACUCAGCUAAUACACACUGUUGAAAUAUGAAAUAUGAAAAUAUGAAAGUAUGAAAACAAACAAAGAAACAACGCGAAAAUAACAAUAAACUAUACAUGGAUCUAAAAAUGAAUCUGUUUAUGAUUAAAUAUAAAUGAGUAAUGUAUGUUGUAAAGUAAUGUUACAACGACAUAAACGAAUAAAAUUAAUGAAAUUAAUUACUAAUAAAACCUUCAGUAGCCUUUAGGGAGAAACAGAAGCAUCAUUUCCACGUAUCUUUAGAUCGAUCAUCCACUAACUAAGCUUUCAUAAUUUUGGCAAAUGGAACAGAACUAUAUUUUGGGUUACAAAUAGAAUUUCAACGACAAAAAAACAAUUUAUCCCAGUUUAUCCAAAGAUUAUGUAGAUUUUUUUAUAGUUACACAAUUAGUUGAAAUACUUAUCUUAUGAAUAUGAAUUAAGAAACUAAUGAAUAGAUUAGUUAACAGCUUUACAAAAUAUAUUAAAAAAGACACGUCUUUCUGUGCUAAUGUAUUCUAAGCAUGAAGCUUUUAAUCUCAUUUGUUUCCACCAAAGGGACAUUAUUUACCCAAUGUAAGUAUUGCUAAGAGAAAUGCAAUGCAAAUGCUUACCACAACUUGUGAUUUUUUUUGAGCCUCACUGCUUCCGAAAAAUCUUCCAGUACAUGUAGACUCACAAUCAUGCGUCUCUAGAAAUUCAAUAUUACAAUUUGUAAGCUGUAUAUUUCUACUUCCAAUCUUCCAAUCAGUAGUUGCUGAUGAUAUUUCUCAGAGGGUUUCGUUUACGGGCCCCGCAAACUACAUAUUACUGAGAUACUUAUUGCUGAACAAAUUCGUAAACACACAGUUUGAAAAUUUGCAGUCUGACAACAUUGCUAUGUGCAUGUGCAUAACCAUACCAUAUAUAGCCACACCGUUUAUACAUAUAGUAUGAGUACAUUGUGAAAAUGUACUUCAGGAAUUUCAAUAGGCGCAAUUGACAUUCAAUAACGUAAUUUACACGUAUUUUUAAACUACAAAUAGCUUGAAAUAAUCUUAAAUUAAAAGGUAACUGGCCGUGCCCAAGUAGAUAUCCUCCAGUAGGCGUGAACAAAAAAUUAUAACUUAACAAAUACAAAUACCUACACUAUACACAAAAGAGAAGAAUAUCACAUGAUGAUUAGAGCAGGACACAACACUCAAUACAACAGUAACACAGUAAAACACUAUGCUUUCCUUCUCGAUUUUUCCACCACAACCCAAUUUUCAAAGAACUCUCUUGCAUGUGUGAAUAGUAUGAAUUAGUAUGAGUAAUUAAAGAAAAUGUGUAUAUGAAUAUACAAUAUAUUAA